AUGACUGUCUUCAAACGUCGAACGGAUGCGAUUGGCAGCGAGCCUCGAAACACCGCGCUGUGCAAGCCUCGCGCUGUCGGAGGCCUGCCAAUUGCACGGUCCCCCGCUGUUCUGUGCGGGCGUUACGCGGUGUUUGACCCGCUGAUAAAGAUCCAAGCGUCCGACGCCCGGGAGAAUCGCCUGUCCCGUUACGCGAUAAUGGUGACGCGGCGUCCAUUAAGAUCGCGCACCGCCACGGUGUUUAGCAAGGGCCCAAUAAUUCGGGAGCGUGUUGCUAAGCAGAUGUUCACGCUGAGUUACGCUCGAUCGGACAAAUUGUUCUUUUCUUUUUAC